AGCUGAAGAUGUUGGCCUACUCAACGGCACCGCCCACCUGCUUGUCACUAUCCUGGAUGACAAUGACAACUGGCCCACCUUCAGUCCUGCCGCUUACACUGUCCACCUACUGGAGAACUGCCCUCCAGGAUUCUCAGUCCUUCAAGUCACAGCCACAGAUGAGGACAGUGGCCUCAACGGGGAGCUGGUCUACCGAAUAGAAGCCGGGGCUCAGGACCGCUUCUUCAUCCACCCAGCCACUGGAGUCAUCCGUGUUGGCAAUGCCACCAUCGACAGAGAAGAACAGGAGUCCUACAGGUUGACAGUGGUGGCCACCGACCGAGGCACUGUCCCCCUGUCAGGCACGGCCAUCGUCACCAUUCUGAUUGAUGACAUCAAUGACUCCCGCCCCGAAUUCCUCAACCCCAUCCAGACAGUGAGUGUGCUGGAAUCGGCAGAGCCAGGCACCAUCAUUGCCAACGUCACUGCUAUCGACUUUGACCUCAACCCCAGACUGGAGUACCACAUUAUCAGCAUCGUGGCUAAGGAUGACACUGACCGCCUGGUGCCUGACCAGGAAGAUGCUUUUGCCGUGAAUAUCAAUACAGGGUCUGUGAUGGUGAAGUCUCCCUUGAACCGCGAGCUGGUUGCUACCUAUGAGGUCACGCUCUCAGUGAUUGACAACGCCAGCGACCUCCCAGAGCGUGCCGUCAGUGUGCCAAACGCCAAGCUCACGGUCAACAUCCUGGAUGUCAAUGAUAACACACCCCAGUUCAAGCCCUUUGGGAUCACCUACUACACAGAGCGGGUCCUGGAGGGGGCCACCCCGGGUACCACACUCAUUGCUGUGGCUGCUGUUGACCCUGACAAGGGUCUCAAUGGGCUGAUCACCUAUACCCUGCUGGACCUCACACCCCCAGGCUAUGUCCAGCUUGAAGACUCUUCCGCAGGGAAGGUCAUUGCCAACCGGACAGUGGACUACGAAGAGGUACACUGGCUUAACUUCACAGUGAGGGCCUCAGACAAUGGGUCCCCACCCCGCGCAGCUGAGAUCCCUGUCUACCUGGAAAUUGUGGACAUUAAUGACAACAACCCCAUCUUUGACCAGCCCUCCUACCAGGAGGCCAUUUUUGAGGAUGUGGCUGUGGGCACAGUCAUUCUGAGGGUCACUGCUUCCGAUGCCGACUCGGGCAACUUUGCCCUCAUCGAAUAUAGCCUGGGGGAUGGAGAGGGCAAGUUUGCCAUCCACCCCAACACUGGUGACAUCUAUGUGCUAUCAUCUCUGGACCGGGAGAAGAAGGACCACUAUAUCCUAACUGCCUUGGCCAAAGACAACCCAGGGGAUGUGGCCAGUAACCGUCGAGAGAACUCGGUGCAGGUGGUGAUCCGAGUACUCGAUGUCAAUGACUGCCGGCCUCAGUUCUCCAAACCGCAGUUCAGCACAAGUGUAUAUGAGAAUGAACCAGCAGGCACCUCGGUCAUUACCAUGCUGGCCACUGACCAGGAUGAGGGCUCCAAUGGGCAGCUGACAUACUCCCUCGAGGGCCCUGGAAUGGAGGCUUUCUCCGUGGACAUGGACUCGGGCCUGGUGACCACGCAGCGGCCACUCCAGUCCUAUGAGAGAUUCAACCUGACUGUUGUGGCCACGGAUGGUGGAGAGCCCCCACUCUGGGGCACGACCAUGCUACUGGUGGAAGUCAUCGAUGUCAACGACAACCGCCCUGUCUUUGUGCGUCCACCCAAUGGUACUAUCCUGCACAUCAAAGAGGAGAUUCCUCUACGUUCCAACGUGUAUGAGGUCUAUGCCACCGACAAGGAUGAAGGACUCAACGGGGCAGUGCGAUACAGCUUCCUAAAGACAGCAGGCAGCCGCGACUGGGAGUAUUUCACCAUCGACCCAGUUAGCGGGCUCAUCCAGACGGCUCAGCGCCUGGAUCGCGAGAAGCAGGCAGUGUACAGUCUCAUCUUGGUGGCCAGUGACCUGGGCCAGCCAGUGCCGUACGAGACGAUGCAGCCAUUGCAGGUGGCCCUGGAAGACAUCGAUGACAACGAGCCCCUCUUCGUGAGGCCUCCUAAGGGAAGCCCCCAGUAUCAGCUGCUGACUGUGCCCGAACACUCACCCCGUGGUACCCUGGUGGGCAACGUGACAGGCGCUGUGGACGCAGAUGAGGGUCCCAAUGCCAUCGUGUAUUACUUCAUUGCAGCUGGUAACGAGGACAAGAACUUCCACCUGCAACCUGACGGGCGCCUGCUGGUGCUCAGAGACCUAGAUCGGGAAAAGGAAGCCCUCUUCUCCUUCAUCGUCAAAGCGUCCAGCAAUCACAGCUGGGCCCCUCCCCGAGGACCCUCCCCAGCCCUCGAUCUGCUGACUGACCUCACCCUGCAGGAGGUGCGCGUUGUGCUGGAGGACAUCAAUGACCAGCCGCCGCGCUUCACCAAGGCUGAGUACACCGCAGGAGUGGCCACCGAUGCCAAGGUCGGCUCGGAGUUGAUCCAGGUGCUGGCCCUGGAUGCAGAUAUUGGCAACAACAGCCUGGUCUUCUAUGGCAUUCUGGCUAUCCACUACUUCCGGGCCCUUGCCAACGACUCUGAGGAUGUGGGCCAGGUUUUCACCAUGGGGAGUGUCGAUGGCAUCCUACGUACCUUUGAUCUCUUCAUGGCCUACAGUCCUGGAUAUUUUGUGGUAGACGUUGUGGCCCGAGACCUGGCUGGUCACAAUGAUACUGCCAUCAUCGGCAUUUAUAUCCUGAGGGACGACCAGCGUGUUAAGAUAGUCAUCAAUGAGAUCCCAGACCGCGUGCGUGGCUUUGAGGAGGAGUUCAUCCGCCUGCUCUCCAACAUCACCGGCGCCAUUGUCAACACCGAUGAUGUGCAGUUCCAUGUGGACAAGAAGGGGCGGGUGAACUUUGCGCAGACAGAGCUACUCAUUCACGUGGUGAACCGGGACACAAACCGUAUCCUGGAUGUGGACAGGGUCAUCCAGAUGAUCGAUGAGAACAAGGAACAGCUGCGGAACCUCUUCCGGAACUACAAUGUCCUGGACGUGCAGCCUGCCAUCUCUGUCCGACUGCCGGAUGACAUGUCUGCCCUGCAGAUGGCCAUCAUUGUCCUAGCCAUCCUUCUCUUCUUGGCUGCCAUGCUCUUCGUCCUCAUGAACUGGUACUACAGGACCGUACACAAGAGGAAGCUCAAGGCCAUUGUGGCUGGUUCUGCAGGGAACCGUGGCUUCAUUGACAUCAUGGACAUGCCCAAUACCAACAAAUACUCCUUUGACGGAGCCAACCCUGUGUGGCUGGACCCUUUCUGCCGGAACCUGGAGCUGGCUGCGCAGGCUGAGCAUGAGGAUGACCUGCCUGAGAACCUGAGUGAGAUUGCAGAUCUGUGGAACAGCCCCACCCGCACCCAUGGGACUUUUGGGCGUGAGCCGGCAGCAGUCAAACCUGAUGACGACAGAUACCUGCGUGCAGCCAUCCAAGAAUAUGACAACAUUGCCAAGCUGGGCCAGAUCAUUCGAGAGGGGCCUAUUAAGCUGAUCCACACUGAGCUGGAGGAGGAGCCUGGGGACCACAGCCCGGGCCAGGGCAGCCUCCGUUUCCGCCACAAACCACCCAUGGAGCUCAAGGGCCCAGACGGAAUCCACAUGGUGCACGGCAGCACAGGUACCCUGCUGGCCACUGACCUCAAUAGCUUGCCAGAGGAUGACCAGAAGGGGCUGGACCGCUCGCUGGAGACUCUGACAGCCUCAGAGGCAGUGGCCUUUGAGCGCAACGCCCGCACAGAGUCAGCCAAGUCCACCCCUCUGCACAAGCUUCGAGACGUGAUCAUGGAGAGCCCCCUGGAAAUCACAGAGCUGUGAUGUAGAGCCUCGCUGCUGAGCAGCCCACCCCACUACCCUCCAGGGCGGGAGCAUGGCCACCUCUCUGCCCAGUCCAGCCUUGUGAAUGACCUUGGGCUGGCCCCGACAGCCUGCGCGGCUGUUCAGAUGGGCCUCCUGCCAGAUACUGGUUCAGCAUCUGAUCUCUACCUUCAUAAAAUCGGUUAUUUUUUUAAGAAAACUUUAAAAAUGCUAAGUGUCUAAGGACAAGGUAAGGAGGGUCACUGGGGGAGCCCCCAGAGACUGAGGACCAGCGCAGCCCCUCCCUAUGCAACCACAAUGGAGCAGAGGUCCUGCACAGAAGUGACAACUCUGCUGGCACACCCCUGCCUCAGUUCAAGUCCCACUGGACUUCUGCCUGCUGGACAUCCAGGUGGCUCCCUGCCCCUGCACACACCAGGUUGUCGGCAACCCAGUACCCAUCCCAUCCCCGUCUUCUUGACGUGCUUAGUUGAGAGACAUGACCGAUGUCCCCUUGGGUUUCGAAUGUAGAGUGUUUGUGUGUAUUUCUAAAUUAAGUUAUUCCCUCAAG